AAUGCGCAUGCCCGUUUGUAAUGACUCGCUCGCAAUCAUCAACCGCGCACCGUUAUCGGGGCCAAGCUGUCAUCUACGUCCCAUCUUCUCCAGCGACCAACCGUGUUUUCCCUCAAUCGUACGCGGCGGGCCUCGGUGAUACUUAAAGCGGGCCAAACGCACAAGAUAAUUUCUCUGUUUUUUUUUCCAAAUCGGAGAAGCAGCUUUUCAUCGAGGAAUUUUCUCUGCAAUUCCAAGAAGGCGCAAGUCUGCUGCUCUCUGACACCCUUAUCUCAUACUCUGUUGUCUGCCAUCACUACACCCCCUCCCUAUUUUUACCCUCUACAGAUGAAGUUGGACAGGGGUUGGAUGUGGUGCGUGUUGCUCCUGACCUCCCUGGCUGUGGCGGCCCAGGAGAAGCAGUUGGAGGUUGAUGUUUCAGACGUCGAUGAAGAUAUGGACUUGGACGAGGAGGAAUUAAAGGUUUUGAUGGCAGAAGAGGAGGACGAGGACGAGGAGGCGACGGUGAAUGAUGAAGACCUCUCUGAUGAGCCAGACACAGCGAAUGGGAAGGCUGGAACAGAUGCAAAUGUCUCCUUCCAGGUGACAUACAAGACUCCUGUUCCCACUGGAGAUGUCUACUUUGCAGAGACGUUUGAUGAUGGAUCACUGGACAGAUGGCAGCUGUCAAAGACCGUGAAGGGAGACGCAGAUGAUGACGUCGCCAAAUACGACGGGAAGUGGGCUGUGGAGCAGCUAAAGGAGAACAAAGUUCCAGGAGACCAGGGUCUGGUUCUCAAGUCCCGGGCCAAACACCACGCAAUCGCCGCAAUGCUGGACAAACCCUUUGUCUUCCAGGAUGAACCUCUGGUCUUACAGUAUGAGGUGAAUUUCCAGGAUGGUAUCGACUGUGGUGGAGCGUACAUCAAACUGCUUUCAGCCACUGACAAUCUCAAUCUGGAGCAAUUCCAAGACCGUACACCCUACACCAUCAUGUUUGGACCAGACAAGUGUGGCGAGGACUACAAGCUGCACUUCAUCUUCCGCCACCAGAAUCCUCUGAACAAAGAUUUGGAGGAGAAGCAUGCCAAGAGGGCCGAUGUCGACCUCAAGAAGUUCUACACUGACAAGAAGACUCACCUCUACACUUUGGUCCUGAACCCAGACAACAGCUACGAGAUGUUGAUCGACCAGUCCAGUGUGAGCCGCGGCAGCCUGCUGCAUGACAUGGUGCCUCCAGUCAACCCACCCAAAGAGAUCGAUGACCCCAAUGACUCCAAGCCAGAGGACUGGGACGAGAGGGCCAAGAUUCCUGACCCCGAGGCUGUCAAGCCCGAUGACUGGGAUGAAGAUGCUCCGGCAAAGAUCGAUGACCCUGACGCUCUGAAGCCAGAGGGCUGGCUGGACGACGAACCAGAGUUUGUCCCCGACCCUAACGCUGACAAACCAGAAGACUGGGACGAGGAGAUGGAUGGAGAGUGGGAAGCCCCGCAGAUUCCUAACCCAGCCUGUGAGACGGCCCCCGGCUGUGGGGAGUGGAAGCGUCCCAAGAUCAACAAUCCUCAGUACAAGGGCAAGUGGAAAGCCCCUCUGGUGGACAAUCCCAACUAUCAGGGAGUCUGGAAGCCGCGUAAGACCGAUAACCCAGACUAUUUUGAGGACCUGCAGCCGUUCAGGAUGACACCUUUCAGUGCUGUGGGCUUGGAGUUGUGGUCCAUGACCUCGGAUAUCUACUUUGACAACUUCAUUAUCACCUCUCACAAGGAGGUGGCCGACCGCUGGGCCGCUGACAGCUGGGGGCUGAAGAAACUGGUGGCCAGCGCUAACGAGCCGGGAAUUUUUGCCCAGCUGAUGAUGGCAGCAGAGGAACGACCGUGGCUCUGGGUGAUCUACAUAUUAACAGUUGGCCUGCCUGUAGGACUGGCUGUGCUCUUCUGCUGGCCAAAGAAAUCAGAUGAUGACUAUGUGUACAAGAAGGUGGAUCUACCCCAGGCUGUUGUAGAAGAAGAGGAAGAGGAGGAUGAAGAAGAAGAAGAAGAAGAGGAGGCAGCAGCAGAUGAGGAAGACAAAGCAGCUGAGGCUACAGAAGGAGCUACAGCUGCAGCAACAGAAGAAGCUGAGGAGGAGGAGGAGGAGGAGGAGGAGGAGGAGGAGGGAGCCGAUGCAGGAGGUGACAAUCUAGAGGGGGAUGAUGACGAGGAGGAGGAGGGCGAAGAGGAAAGCAAAGCUCCUGAGAGGACAUUAGAAGAUGAGGUUGGUGUCAUUCCGAAGGAGGGAGGAGACGUCACCGAAGAGAGCCACAAACAAGCUGUGAGAAAGAGGAGGGUACGGAAGGACUGAAGAGUCUGCGCGCCUACUGUCUCCUUUCUCACCCGAUGUGGAGGAGGUGGAAGGGCCGUCUCUGCUGCUGCUCCCCCCUCUCCGAGCGGAGCAGCAUGUAUUUCCUCCAAACCACCUGGUAGCCUGCAGUCACCCCGGCUGCCCCAUCCACGUCUCCUCCAUCCCUCGGCUGCACCCAUCACAGGUCCGCAGUCUCCCAAUCCACACCCUGCAUCGCCCCUCCUCUCCCCUCCUUCUGUCUGCUCAUUGAACUAUCAGAUGAAUCCCCUGGAGAUUUUCUGCAUUUAGCUGUUUUCCCUCCUUCAUCCUGAGCUUCCACGCUUUCUUCAUCCUUCCUCUCCCCUCUAAGCAACUGCUGUCGAAAUGCCUGUCAGCCUAAAAAAGCCCUGCCUCUUCCACCUCUGUUCCCGUUCACCCCGUCUCUGCUGUCAGUCUUCUCUCUGAAUAUUUGCCAUCAUAGAUCUACCACUCUGUCUCCUCUGAGAGUGAAGGCAGCAGAGAGCGUCUGCACUGCUGUCAGUUGUUCAUACCAUUUUACAGCAUAUCAUAGGGGCUACAUUUAUUCUCGUGUCCUUCGUUUUAAAGAACAAGUUCAAGGACGCAGUUUGACAAAGUUCCUUCCUUGUUUGAAAUUGUUCGGGUUUCCAGAACAGGCCAGGAGGAGAGGACGCCAGGCUGCGAGGAAAUGCUGUUUGAGAUGUUACUGCGGUGUCAGGACUUUUCAGCUGAUAAGUUGCCUCAGCUUAGGAUAAAAUGUUUACCUCUUUAAAAAAAAUGGAUGUUCUGUUUAGAUUUUACGUAGUUUGUGAGGAGCAUCAGUUACUUUUGUGUGUUUUUUACUAAGUUAUAGCAAUUUAAGAACUGAGGAUCAGCACUGAUAACCCUAUUUAUUGGUUUGUUUUUAAAUUGGUUUAUGCCAGUAUGAAUAAAAAUUUAAUAAUGGUGUUUUGAGUGACUUGAGGCAAUUUUCUUAAAUAUGAUCAGCCACUGAUGUGCUUAUUCAGUCUGAAGCUUAUUCGGUCUGUUUGAAAUGCUUUACCUUAGUAAAGUCUAUAAUCAAAACACUCACUUUCUCAGCGCUUGCAGCAAAAAUAGGUAAUUUUGAAUGCCUUGGCCAUUAGUUGUCAAUAAGACAGACUAAAUGUGUGGGUCUCUGCUGUUGGAAAGCUGUGGAUGCUAAUUUAUUUGUUUUAUAUUAUUGUCUCAAGCUUUUGUAGUUCAUGUUCUUGCCAGAUGCUGGCAGAUAUCUCUGUUAACAUUUGUUUGCAAAUUGUACAUUGCUCUUGAAAAUAAAACUAUUUAAUAAAAAAAAAAAACAACCUUUUGUUAGAA